AAUUUUCGUAUGUAUGUAUGCGGCGGCGGCGCUAUAAAUUGUAAACUACGGAAGACGACCGAUGGCAAAGUCAGUCCAAAGAUCGAGCCUCUGACACAUCGGCGCGUCUUCCAGAUCGGCUGGCGCUUUAUAUAUCCUAGAGGCUGCACCGAUAGCCCACCAGUCGUUCGUCCGAUAGCUACGCGAAUGCAUCGUCGACGUGAAUUCGUGAGACUCGACCCGCGGAUUUUUGUGUUUUGAGCGAAGAUGAUUCUGGACCGGGAGAAAGACGCGUCUGCUAAUUAUGGAAAGCUGAGACAGUUUGUGGCUGCGGUUAUUGUGAACUUGCUGGCCGUCUCCUACGGCCUAACAUGCGGCUGGCCCUCUCCGCUGAUCCCCCAGCUUCGACGGUCCGACACACCGGUGGGCGACUCGCCGAUAACCGAAGACGGCGCUUCCUGGAUCGGAGCGCUUCUGUGCCUCGGCGGCUUGUCCAUGGCCCCGUUCUCGGGUAGUCUGGUGGAACGAUUCGGUCACAAGCGAUUCGGUUACGCGGCUUGUCUGCCGAUGCUCGUCUCCUGGCUGGUGGCGAUCUUCGCGACGAGUCAUGCCUGUCUCUUCGUCUCCCGCUUCCUCGGGGGUAUGGGCGGAGCCAUGUGCAUAUUCCUGGUGCCGAGUUACGUCAGCGAGAUAUCCAGCGAGGAGAUCAGGGGAGCUCUGGGAAGUCUCCUUGUAUUCGCCAUCAACAUUGGGAUUCUGCUGGCCUUCGCGACUGGGCCCUUCAUGCCUUACAAGGCCUUCGGAGUCUUCUCGAUGGCUUUCCCACUGGUCUUUAUGCUGACGUUCUAUUUCAUGCCCGAGACGCCGGUUUAUCUGGUGAGGAAGAGGAGGAUCGACGAGGCCGGCAGAUCACUGAUGUUCUUGAAAGGCAACAACAAAGUCCUCGUCGAUCAAGAGCUGUCCAGGUUACAGACGCAAAUAACCGAUUCCGAGCACCCGGAUGCGAAAGUGAGAUUCCUCGAUCUGUUCAGAGAUCGUGCCACGUUCAAGGGGAUGAUCAUCGCCUUCGGACUAUUGGGCGGCCAGCAGCUUUGCGGAAUUUUCGCUAUGAUAAGCUACGCCGAGACGAUCUUCAAGAUGUCCGGCUCAUCGCUCUCCCCGGAUCACGCUGCCAUAAUAAUCGGUGCCAUCCAGGUCUUCGGCUCCUAUCUAUCGACCGUCCUGAUGGAACGCGCGGGUCGUCGUCUCCUGGUCCUCGUCUCUUGUGGCGGCAUGUCUGUCUGCCACUUCACCGUAAGCGCGUUCUGUUACCUCCAGAAAUCCGAGCAGGACGUCUCCGCCAUCUCCUGGCUUCCAGUCACCGCGCUGUCGUUCUACAUGAUCGCCUACUGCCUGGGUAUGGGGCCUGCUCCGUUCGUCGUCGCCUCGGAAAUAUUCCGAGUAAACUUCGCCAGCUAUGCCAACACUCUCUGCAUGAUCUUCCUCUGGAUCAUGGCUUUUCUGGUUAUCAAGACCUUCGGGCCUCUAAUGGGAGUCAUCGGCAUCGAGAAUUGCUUCGUACUACUGGGCAUCUUCUGUGCUGGUAGCUUCGCAUUUUCGUACGUCAUGAUGCCCGAGACUAAGGGACGGAAACGCGAGGAUAUCGUCGAGGAGCUUGCGGGAAAUGCCGGAGGGCUGAGGGCUUGUUACGACGAGAUGACUUAUGUGAAGGACAAGAACGUUAGCGGAAAAGAUUUUAUUGCCGCAGAGCAAGUUUGACGAGGACUCGAGAGCCCGGGGCUUUGAAGAUUUAUAGACUUGGAGGAAAUUCGAACGAGCUGAGAGGUGCGGACGCAGAGAAGAAUUUUUUAUCGAUAUUACGAGGCUGUUUUUAGAUGAUAGAUUGUUUGAAAAGACAGGGUGUCUGCGCCAUAGCUGCCCUGUAUAUGUAUAAUUUAUAUACUUGCUUAGAUUUUAAUGAAGAUAGAAGAGGAGAGUAUAGAGUACACUGGGCUGUGGAUGAGACAGAAAUUCCACAUUUGUUCUUUUAAAUACGGCGACAUUCGUAACGAGGAAAAUGAUGGUACUAUAAAUUACAUCACAGAUAAUACGCCGGUGAAGACUCAUUUACCGUUUCGCGUUGAAUUAUAUUGACGAGUGUGAUGUAAAUGAGACAUUGAAUCUAAUUUUAUGUAUACAAAGCUCAUUAUAGUAACAUCUUAAUUUAUGAUUUUAUCUGAUUGAACUGCUCGAAACUUUUAGAUGUUUUUUAAAUUCAUUCAUUAAAAAAAUUUCAAUGAAACUUCUCAGGAACAACUAAAUUAUUAUGCGACAAAGAGUCACAAAAAUUAAGUAAGUUGUAAAUAAAUAAAUAAAUAAAUAGAGAAACGAUAUUUAUAAAUCUAAAACUUUUUUUUUUAAGUAUUACGAUUAUUUCAUUCGUAAAAUGUCUUAGAAUAAUUCGACACGUUCUAUCGUAUAAUUAUAAUAUACAUUUUUUAAUACGAACCAAAUAAGAAAUAAACAAAAAUAUCAGAAUUUGUUCACUUUUAACUCGAAUGCAUUUUUCAUUAUGCUAAUUUUUGAUUUCAAAUAAAAGUAAAAGUAAUAAUUAUCGUUGGUGUGCUUACAAGAUUUAUUGCUUUGUAGAUUGCUGCGCGUUAAUGAGAUUUGCACAAGUCCUGUGAUUUUACGUCACAUCCACAUACGUCGCAUUUUGAAUAGAUAAUGUAUGUAUGUCAAAUGAAGGAUACUUUGAUCGUUGACGAACAAAAGAUCUUGGCUCGCGACACAGCGCUGUUCUCAAAUUAUACUGGCAGCCUUCC